AGUUUUAAUUUCCUCCGGUGACGACGACGACGAUGACGCGGAAGGCAUGCUUCUACUACAUUCUCCGUUAGCUAGAUCGAUGGAUAAUAGUGUUGUAAAGCUUUGGUAGUUUGAUGCAUCGCCAUUUGCUUCAAGCUCAGAGAGGAACUACAUAUGCUCACUAAAAUGCAACUGUAACAUCAGCCAAUCGAAGAACUUUUCCAAUCACUGCAGCAUCAGAAGAUAGUGUCAGUUCAUGAUUUCUUGUUGUUUUACUAAUCACAGACAAGAGCUGUAUAUAAUUGAUGUCAUGAUUUGGCCUCUUUCCCUUGGAUCUCAGAGACCAGAAAUGAAAAUCAGGAGAGAAGCUAACACAUGCAUUGAGAACCCUUCUCCAGUCAAGGAAAGAAACAUGAAUAAUUCAUAUGAACCAGUAUGUCAAAAUGGAAACUUCUCAAGUUCAUUGCCUGAAACAUUUAGCAGGAAAUUGGACUUAUCAACACAUAAUUUCCAGCUUGACAAGUCCAUUGACACUUUGGCAUCUAGCAAUGAUAAAGGGAGUUGUUUUGGAACCAAAGGAGUAACUGAGGAACAAGGAAAUCUCCUUCCUGAUGAAAAUGAUCUAUUUUCUGGAAUAAUAGAUGAACUGAUACGCAAUGACAAUACAAUUGACAAUAAUGGAAUUGAAGAUUUUGAUUUCUUUAGAAACACUGGCGGCAUGGAACUAGAUGUGGAUCAGAGUUCGAGUGAUGAAGUGGACAGAAUGGUGGAGGGUUCUUAUGGCUCCCUUGAAUAUUUGUCUACUCAAUUUGGAUUAACCAAAAAUCUGAUUAAUGGACCCACUUCCCUUGACACUCACAAGGGAAACCAAGUCUGUCAUAUAUGUGUGCCAAAGCUAUAUUCCUGUUCCUUCCAUGAUUUUCAUAAAGGACUUACUGUUAAAAAUGCACAAAAUUCAACUGCCACUAAAGAUAUUGCUGUAGAAGUUGGUGCAAUUGGUUUCAUGAGCAUGAAUAAGGAACAUGCAUUUACAAUGGGUAAUGACACUAACCAAGGAGUCGAGUUUCUUAAAAGAGUUCCUGUUCUUUCCUCAAAUGGACUCUCACCUGGUGAGCUUUGUGGGAGCAAAAUAAACAAUUUCUACUGGCACAACCGCUCUAGUCCAUUGAUGUGGUCAAACUCUGGAUCACUGAUUGAUGGCAAUUUGCGUGGCCACCCUCAUGUUGGAUCAGCACCACCAAUUAACUGUACUGAUGGAUUUCCUGAAUCUUUUCCAUUUUGCUCGGGCUCUUUUGGAAAUGAAGGAUUUUUAAGCCACUCUUCAUUGAAUUCAUGCAUCUGCAGUCAUGAUGAUGGAAACUAUGCACUUAUGAAUGGUCUUUAUCAGACGAAUCAAAUCUUUCCAAACAGAAUUGGAUUUACAUCAGUGCCUAUUUCAUUUAGUUCCUCUUCCAGAUAUUCAAAAGUCUUCUCACAUAGAAGAAGCCAAAGCAGAUUUUCUCGGGCUGAAAGAAAGAAGUUUGAGCUCGACAUUGGUCGUGUAUUGAGUGAGGAUGAUAAGCGAACGACGCUGAUGAUAAGAAACAUUCCAAACAGGUACAAUUCUAAAAUGCUACUGGCAGCCAUUGAUGAGCAGUGUCAAGGAACAUAUGAUUUUAUAUAUCUUCCAAUUGAUUUCAAGAAUAAUUGCAAUGUUGGUUAUGCAUUCAUCAACCUGAUUGACCCACUUCAUAUUAUUCCUUUCCACAAGGCAUUUAAUGGUCGAAAGUGGGAGAAAUUCAAUAGCGAGAAGGUUGUUUCCCUUGCAUAUGCUCGAAUACAGGGAAAAACUGCACUUAUUGCACGUUUUCAGAAUUCAAGCUUGAUGAACGAGGAUAAAAAAUGUCGUCCCAUCCUCUUUUGCACAGAUGGUCCAAAUGCGGGUAAACAGGAACCUUUCGCGAUGGGAACCACCAACAUUCGAAAAACUGGUAAAGUGGGAAGAAUCAUCACUAUUGGCGAUGAUAAUCAGCGAGCACGAUAAACAUUAUAACAUAACAAACUUUUCUAGUUCCACGAAAGAUUUCCAUCUUACAAAAUCUCUCAUGUUAUAUCGUCACUAACAAAUUGGAAAAGAUUAUACAACAUAUAGCUAGCUUGCAACACAUCUUGUUGCUGUUUAUCUUUUAUCUACUUUUUGCAUAAACACAAAUUUUGUUGUCUUGGUUGUUAGGGCUUGUUUGUUUGUACUGCUUAUUGUCACCAGACUCUUACCAAGGUGCCCUUCUAAUUUUGUUAUU